CUUGUUUUAAAGAUGGAAAGCUAGCUCAUUACUGGAAAUCCUCUGCAAUUCAUUUUCAAUCAACGUUUGAAUAUUGUAUCAGCUGUAAAUUAGCCUCCUCCGCAAUGUCAUGGAACAACGUGUAAAUUGCAACAGUUGCUUAGCUACGGAACGUCAAUUUCAAAACAAAGUUAUUUGAUAUGUUUGUAGUUUCCUUGGAAUUUGAUCCUGUGUUAAAAUGAAAGCUUCACAACUUCAUUUGGUUACGAAAUUUCGAUAACGAAGUGCGAGGAUCUUCACCGUAGGCUAGAUAGUUUGGGAACGCAUCGAGAAUCGUGCUGUAACAUUUACAGUCAUUCCGAACGCCAAAUCGUCGGUAUUUUCCAAACCGGAGGAUUUCGUCGUAGAUGAACCGGUUAGCAGCUGGUUGUCGUGAAAUGUAAAGUUUGAUAUAAAAAUUAUGCAAGCGGACAAUGCCACCACUAGCUCUACGUGAUAUGCCCCAAACUCGGUAAGAUUUCCUCACUUUCUUUCGUAAGGACUGUUUUUAGUGUUCAGUUCUAGACUAUAAUAUAUAAAUAUCAUCAAAUAGCACUUGGUUGUGUUGUAUCAGAAUAGCAGGUGAUUAUUUAAUAUAUAUAUAAAUUAUCAUUUAAUACUUCGAGGCUUUAAUACGAUCUCAAACUACAAAUGUAAGUGAUGUCCGUGCCUGUUUCCCAAGCGAAACUUUAAUAAAGCUUUCAAUAUUUAGUCCUGUACAUCUCACGUGCGAAGCAUAGAUAUCUUGGUGCGAAGUUAUUCAUGCCUGGAUAUAGCCUGCAUUGGGCUGCUAUGCAGACAAAUUAAAGGUUUUGUCCAUGACCCAGUCAGUACCUUAAUUUAUCUUUUGUCUUCACGUAGCAAUCUUAUUAAACAUGCAUUGCAAUAGUCGAGCAUUACACUUACACAUAUAUUGUAAGACUUAUUGUUUGCAGGAAAUAUAACAUCUGUAAUAAACCAGUUCCAUUUUUUUCUUUCAGCUCACAAGAAUUUGAAGUGGAUGUUGAAAGACAAUCAGUUGGAGAUAAAAAUACUGCCAAAGAAGUACCUACCCUUGUUCUAACUGUACCAAAUGAUAAAGAUUCGUCAAGUAACUCCAAAUUCCCUGCGAAAGAUGGCAAACAAUUUCUUCCUGUAAGGAUAUUUUCGAUGAGUGUUUGGUCGUAGCUACCUACAAGAAAGUUCACAACCAGUAUUAAGAACAUGUUUUUUCUUUUUUCUACCAGCUCCCGUCAUCCAAGUAUCGCUAUACAAAAUGGCAUGACAUUGAUCACAUGGAAGUCAAAGGAAAUAUGUUAAGAUCACCGAGAAUCAGGAGAGGUAUGUCUGUCAAUGACCAGCAGAAUCUUAGCGUAACUGAGGCGUUUUCACUGCUCAGAGUUAGAUUUAAACGUCUUUUCCUGGGAGGCUUUGGAAUUGAUGUAGUCAUGUAGAAAAACAACACAAGUAUUUAAGACGUUUUCGAUCCUUAUAAAGAGCUGUUAAGCCUCGUCCAACACGAAGCAAGGAAUAAAACAAUAUUUUCAUCACUGACUCAACAGUGAUCAGACCUUCAAGACAGAUCAACGUGUUCCAUUGUUGAGAGGGCAGGAUCAUUUCAAAAUGAUCCAUGAAAGGCCUGCAACACAAUCACGCUAUGGAUUGUCGUUGAUGUGAAAUGGCAACAGCACAUGACAAACGAGUGCUUAUACCUCCCAAAAUUAGAGGUGCACCGGAUGGACAUUGUUUGGGGUACCCUAAAGAACUUGUCCUUGACUUUUAUAUUUCAGCGCCCAAUGGCUACAAUGUAUCUACAAUACAAGAUGAAGAGACAUCAUCUCAGUGGAAGCGACGAAAAAGGUUGAGCUAUCAAAAUAAACUGGAAUGUUGGGAGACAUGUGAGGUAACUAUAUAGCACACAUACUAAUUGGAAUCCUUACUGGAGCUCUAGGGAGAACAGUUCUGAUAGAGCUACUAUAACGCACCCUAUAGAGUUUGGCAAAUACUGUGUCCAUGACAGCGUUGAUUAACAAUAGACUUUUAACAAAGACGACGAUAAGAACAUUCAUUCAUGUCCCAAGUACGUUAUUUAUGUCAUGUCAACCCAUUUAAAUGAAUGUGCCAACCUCUCAAGACGACGCAAACGAUUUAUUUAAGAAGCAAACAGAGGCAAAUAAACGGCGACGCGCAACAGUAAAAACAAACUCCUUUAAAUGAUUGUUAAGAACCCUUGUGAAAAUUUAAUACAGUUUGAAGAGGUUAAGACGGGGUUAGGCUUGAGAAUAGUUCUGCACAGUAAAUAAUUUAAUUUGCUGAGUACCAUAUCUCGCAGCUGCAAAUGCCGGUGUUUGAACACCCGUGCAAUAUUUAUUUUUUUCUAAAAUAUCGAAUCUCAUGUAUCGUGCCAAUCAUUUCAAAAUUUAUGUAAAAUUUAUGUAUAUUUCUAGGCUGUAAAUCUCUCAUUCCAAGAGCUAGGUCAUUCUUUUCAAAUAAAACAAUUUCUCGCCGUUCUUCAAAAACUUAUACGCUGCGAAAGUCUUCAAUUAAUGGACAAUGGAUUGACUGAUCUUAGCAGUAUCUAUUUACCAAGGUUUGUAUCAGUUUUCUUCAUUAUUAUUGAUGAAAAUGUUAACAUCGUGUUACCUCAUGGUUUGAACUUAUCGAGUCAACUGGGGAGGGCACAUCUUUUUUAAUAUACUUUUACAUUGGAGUGAAUUGAAGGAUCUCUUUAUUUUUAGGUGCAAGUACCUUUGUCUUCAACGGAAUUAUCUAUCUAAUCUUAAGGUGAGUUUUUAUUUAAAGGAGUAAGCUAGAGACGGCUCAUCGGUCGUAGUAUAAAGUCGAGAGACAGAUUCUGGACGAACAAAGAAAAGAUAGUUGGAGUUUGAUAAUCGGACCAGUAUGAUUGGUAGCUUGUUGUAGACAUCACUUGCAUGACAUAGCCAGAGUACAAAUCCCUCAGCAGUCAUAUCGUUUCCUGCGUGCAUCGUCACUUGGAAGGCUUAUAUAGGUCAUAUCAUUUUCGUUAGCAGUUUAUAUAUAGCAAGCCAUACGGUUACUUUAACUAUACAAUUUCUAUCAUUCUAGAAACUUCCUAAAGCACCAAUGCUAGAACAUCUUUCAUUGCAACAAAACAAUAUCACAUCCUUGGAGGGAUUAAGCAUUCUCAGGAGAACAACGAUCAUCUCAUUAACAUUACGAGACAAUCCAAUUGAAUUAGAUCCAUACUAUCGAAAAAGGUAAUUUUACCAUUAUCACCGAAUUAUCAACACCGUCACCACUUGUCAUUACCAUCAUCACCACCACCAUCGUCAUAAUCACCACUACCUCACCAUUAAAAUUGUUUCGUUUGCUGUCCAUUGAUUUUAUCGUAUACUCAUCUGGCUUCCAGUCCACCACACUGCUCCCCACAUCUUCACCGUAACCCUGGCAGGGAGCUGGAUACCACUUGCCCAAGGUGGACUCCCAGGCUAGCGGAGGGAAGGAGGCACCUUACAUCUCCAUUGUGAUUUAUCCCUUGUGAGACAAACCACCCGCUGCCCUAAAUAAGAGAGCUAUCACGAAUUUGCCCUCAACAAAUUUUGUUAUUUCAUUUUCAGAGUAUUUGAGUUAAUUCCAAGCCUGCAAGUAUUGGAUGACAUACCCAGACUGGAGGAAGACUUGAGAGAACAGCCAAGUAGUACGUGUUGUAUUUCAUGAACAACGAGAGAAUUGUUCUGCUCAUAGCAGUUUCUAACACCUGUAUACUGCCUGAAUCGUCGAAUUGCUCAAGGAGCGAAGCUGAACGCCUUGAAAGAGUAGUGUUUGGUCGAAGGAGCUAAACUGAAAACCUGCAAGACAGUCAUUUUGAAAUCUCCUGUACAAUCCUGAAUCUACUGUAUAAUACAAAGCCUCGACUGCAUAUUUUCAUGGAAAUUAUCUCAACACUCGUCACAAUGUAUGUGAAGAAAGGAUAUUUUGAUCGCACUUAAUGCCCAUAUCAGUCAACUGAUCUUUGGAUCUCGACAGGGGUGACACUCCCUAAAUUCUUGGUCAUGUUGCCUACCAUAUUCCCACCGAAUCCCACGCUAACCAGGCUCUCAUGUGUAUAUAAUAAUCAUAGAACAAACAUUCCGCUGGCGGUCUUAAAACGUAUUUUAUUUAUGUAAAUACAACAAUUUUUAUAAACUAUAUAUUCAGCAUUUCAUCUGUCGACAAAAAUAUUUACCUUAUUUAAAAUAAUUACAUAUCUUAGGACGCUUUCCAUGAACACGGCCAAGAACAGUCAGAUCGAUUAAAUUAUUAAAUGAAAUACAAAACGUUGGGGUACUGAUGUGACCAGAAUAUUUGGAUCAAAAUUAGGAGGUCCAUUUUAGGUAAGGCUACAAGGUAUGGAUGAGAGGAGGAUUUCAAGAUAGUUCAAAAUUCAGAGUUCGCUUUAGUUUAGGGUCAAUGUUAGGUUAUUGUUAUACGUGCUUUGUGUUGAUUCUUUCAUGUUUAAAUGAUUUUGAAAAAUAGUCGCCAUCUUGAAAACCUCCCUCUCGUCCAUCGCCUUUGGCAACGACUGUCCAUUUUGGCCAGAUGUCCGAAAAACUUUGCCCAAAUCUCCCAAGAAAUCCUGAUGAGAGCGCGGUCUGACCAUGACAAUGUAAAACACACUAACGUUGCGUUUACAAUGUAACGGACAGCUUUGCGUAGCGACGUGAAAAACACUUUUAGGAACGCUAUUUUCAGAGGAAUUUUUGCAACAGAAAGUGAUGUUGUUUCGCUCAGCUUCUGAAAGUUGUACAUUCCGUAUCGGAUAGGUGGUUUUUCGCGCCGCUAGGGAAAGCUAUCUGGUAUAGUGGAAACGUAGCCUAAAAUGCAUUUAGAAUGCAACAUUAAUAAAUUACAUGAUAUAAAGACAUAAUCAAAUCUCGUACGUUUCCUUCACACUAGUGGUCCUGUUUUCAUAUUGUCCAGGAAGAACAUGCUUCAUGACUGCGCUCGCGUGAUGACUGCUAGAGCCAUGUGUAUGAUAAACAUUCCUAUCCACAGUCUUCAUAAAUUUACUCAGUUUCUGAUAUUCAAUAAAAUGCUUUAUUACCAUAAACAUGAUGUGCGGCAACACAGAACAUUUUCUUCCAUAGCAAUCGUUCCGCUUCUUCUUUCGCCAAAACUUCGGCCAUCGCUGCACAUCGUCGCCACAACGUCGCUCGCCGUUCGGCAGUCUCCGUAGCCGAACUCUCGGCAACAUUUUCUGAUAACUGCAGUUGGCUCUCUUCUUUAGCGAUUUCAAUGUAGCUCUGUUGGGGGUGAGGAAGAAUGAGAAAGUUACGAAUGGAAUA